AUGCCCCAGAUUUACCCCCAAAGAUCUCAGAGUGGUUAUGGUUCCUUGGCAUCCUUCCAUCCUGGUAACAUUCGUGGUGAAACCUGCUUAGCCUCAGGAAUGGAGCUGUAUCACACAUUUAGGCUAUUUUCCAAGCACCAGAACACAGAGUUGGAAUUACACAAAUCUGGACAUCAAAAUAUGAUUCACGCCAUUCUCAACAUAACAAUGAUUGAAAAUUUCAUACUUCUAGGAUUUUCUGGGGGUCGAGAACUGCAGAUUUUACACUUUGUGAUCUUCUUCACAAUGUACCUUUCUGCCCUGGUGGGAAAUCUUCUGAUCAUUACCCUGGUUGCUGUCAGCAGUCAUCUGCAUACCCCAAUGUAUUUUUUUCUUGUCAAUUUGUCAGUCCUUGAUGUUGGCUCAAUCUCCGUCAUCAUUCCCAAAUCCAUGGCAAAUUCUCUCAUGAACAUAAGACUGAUUUCAUAUUCACAGUGCAUUACUCAAACAUUUCUCUUCAUUUUUUUUGCAUCAUCAGACUUCUUCCUCCUCACUGUCAUGGCCUAUGACCGAUAUGUAGCCAUCUGUCACCCUUUGCACUAUGCAUCUAAGAUGAAAUGGAGUAGCUGCAUUCAAAUGGCAGGUGGAGCAUGGAUGUUUGGUUUGUUCAAUGCUGCUUUGCACACUGGUACUGUCUUUUCACUUCCUUUCUGCUCCAAUGUCAUCCAUCAGUUCUUCUGUGAAAUCCCACCCCUGGUGGAAAUCUCUUGCUCUGAUUCAUACCUCAAUGAAAUUUGGGCUCUUCUAUUUACUGGAGUGUUAAGUCUUGGUUGCUUUGUGUUCAUUGUCAUGUCCUAUGUGCAGAUCUUUACUGCAGUGUUGAGAAUGCCGUCCAUGGCAAACAGGAAGAAAGCCUUCUCCACUUGCAUUCCCCACAUCACAGUUGUCUCCAUAUUAUUCAGCACUUCUUUCUUCACCUACUUAAUCCCAACCUCUAAUUCUCCAUACAAUCUGGAUGAGGUGCUUGCUGUGUUAUAUACUGUGGUGCCUCCACUGAUGAACCCAAUAAUCUACAGCAUGAGAAACAAAGAUGUCAAAACUGCCUUGUGGAAGUUGCUGGGUUUUGAUUUUGAAUAUUUUACCUUCCUUCGUCGGCACAGGCACAUACUUUCAGGGCUCAGCCACACGUCCGUUUGCCCUGCCACAUUCCCCCAGCAAAAUCCAAUCUUUAGAGCUGAAUCGGAACAAACAGAAAUGGUGUAUUCUGUAGAUGGCUCUUUGUUCUUGUCUAUUGCUAAAGAGAGGGUUUUCUGGGGGAAAGCAGCGGGCCAUGACAAAAUUGCUUGGACCUGUGCCUCGAAAGUGGGAGACAAGUGGAAAACCACUCAGACCUGUACUUUCAAGGCAGGAGAUAACAAGCAGAUGUGUGGAUGA